AUGAUAAAUGUUUACACCAUAUUAUUUUACUUAAUUUUUAUUUGUGUACAAAAUUCUCACGAGAAAACAACAAAAAAAUAUGAAUACAUUAAUUUACUGUCAGCUAAAGAUUACAGUGACAAAUUGCCAAUUUUAAAAAAGAAAUAUAAUAUAAAAGACAGUGGUGCACAAAAUGAAAAAAAAAAUAAUUAUGUAUUUUCCUUUUAUGGAAGUACAGGAUAUGAUAAGCGAAAAGUUUUAGAGCACUUAUUUAACAUUCCAUGUGAGAAACGAAAUUUUAUAAAUUUGGGGUUUCACCAAAAAUUAGAUCUAUGGUAUGGAUAUGAUAAGAAUAACAAUUUAAAUAUUGUGCUUGAUAUUGAUUUGUUAGAAAAUAAAGAAUUCUUAGACAAUAACCAAACAAUAUAUAAUUAUGAAAAACUGGUCGACCUUAUCGUUGAGUCAACAAAUAGUAUUAUAAUACCACUCUCACUUGAUGAUAUAUAUAUAGAAAAGUCCUACCAAAAAGAAAAUGGUAAAAAAGGAGAAUCAGAGCAGGUAUCGCAGCGAGGGAGUGAAAAACAAAAGGACUUUUCCAACCUUUAUUUACCCAAAAAAAUAGAAAAUUUUUUAAAUCAACUGAAUGAGAAAGGGAAGAAUAUGCAUAUCUAUUUUGUCUUGAUAGGUGAGAGUAACAAAAAAAUGGAGUUAAAUAAACUAUAUAAUAAUUUUAUGAUUGAAUUAAAACGUAAUUUUAACAAUUUGCAUAAUAUAUAUUUAAUGAAGCAAAAUAAAUUAAACUUAAGUUUAUUGCAAAAAAAUAAUGUAAAUAAAUGUAAAUUGCUAAUAAACGAUAUGGAAAAUGCGCUUAAGCAAAUGAACAUAUUUAAAAAUUUUUCCCCAUUUAAUCAAAACUGUGUAUAUAAUAUAUAUGUAAUAGAAGAAGCGUAUAAUAAAACGUUAAAUUAUUUUGAUGAUGUAUAUUAUGGAUAUGAAAAAAUUAUUAAUAUGGGUAAUAUAAUUGAAGAUUAUGGUAUACUGUUCAAUAAUCUUAUAAAAAACGCUCUAUUCUUUUUUCAUAUAUUAACUCUUGAGCAAACAGGAACAACAUUUAAGGAUACUGUUUUGGAAAAAUUGCAUACACGAUUUGUGUCUUUAAUACGGAAACAAAUAGUAAAGCAACUGUUAUUAUUAGAAAAAAAAAUUAUUAAGGAUGGAAAAGAAAUUGUCUUAAAUAAACAAUAUGUAAGGAGAGUCAAGGAUUUAAUAGGAAAGGGUUAUAAAUUAGAAAAUUUAAAAAAAUCGUUAAUAAAAAAAUUUAAUGAAGAAAUAAAUAAAUUAGUUAUCUAUGAUUAUCUUAAACAAGACGAUUCAAAUAACCUCAAAAAGUUGGUGAAUGAAUUUGUCAAUCAGUUUGAAGAAAAGAUGGAUCAAGUUUUGAACAGUUAUGAUAACUUAAACCAAAGUCCAUUAAAAAGAUUAUUUGAAAAAAGAAAAAUGACAGCAGAACAAGUAACGAAUAAAAGGAAUACAUGGUUUAACCCUUCAUUAAAUAUGAACCUAACCUUAACUUCACUUGUAAGGAAAGGAGGUUAUGGUAAUCUGCAGAGUUAUUUUAUAUAUGACUUAGGUUUACUCACAUUCGUCUUUGGUUUUGUAAAUGACAGAGAUGUACCUGACAUUCAACAACAUGGUCAGAAAGUCCCUUUUUUUAAAUUCCAACCAAAGAUCAACCUAAAACUAAAUUUUAACUAA